UUGAACGAGGGAAAACCAAGCUUGCGCUUCAUGCGAGCCGCAGCUCGUGAGCCAAAGGUUGGUCUCCCCGGGUUGUGUCGGAGAAGAGCUCAGAAGAACUGUUUGCGGCAGUUGUAAAGGUGAUAGGUAUAUUUUAAAAGUUUUACUUGACGACGAGAAGAAAAAGGAAAAAAAUCUGGGUCGUUGCUGCGUAUUGCAAUUUUUUUUUUUUUUUUUUUUUUUUUUUUUUCCCCCAUCAUCAUCGUCACUGAAAGCUUUAGAUUGGUUCGAGUGAGGAUGGGGAAGUAGGUUGGUUAGAGAGGGCAGAGAAGGGAGGUGGGGUUUAGAAAGCUAUGGCGGAGGAGAAGGAGAAGCGGAAGGUGGGUGAGAGGAGAAGUGCGCAAAGGAUCAAGCGCGUGCUGGCGGACACGACCCCGAAGCACUUGGAGCAGCUCACGAAGCAGGCGCGGAUGUUGGCCGGUGACGACGAUGGCGAGGCCGAUUUCCAGGAUUCGUCUAUGGAUGUCAUUCGGAGGAGACUUGGACAUCUGCAGCAGAGGCACACCGUGUUGCGAGAAAAGCUCACCAACGCUAACCCACCUCAAAGGUCCCUGGUCGCGAGAUUGCAGGAAGAAUUUGAAAACGAGCCAGAAGGGAAGUGCUUGGAGGCGGAGGAAUGGAAUGAUAGCGUUAUUAAGGAGCUUCAGAAAAGAAUCUAUGACAGUGAUGCUGCUCUUAGUAUGGAGGAUGACCAAGAAAUGAACGAACCAUUCGAAGGUAAGGAGGAUGCUGAGAAUCUGACUCUUCUUGUUAACCACAAGGUCAUACGAGGAGUGAAAGGUAGACACAUUGCUAUACGUUUCGACACAACUUUUGAAGAGAAGAAGUUUGAGAGCUACUAUUGUGUAUUGAAGAGCAGUUCCCCGAUGGAUAAGCUACACGUCAUUGAGCAUUCGAUCCCCUUCUUUCUACCAGUACGAGAGCUUGAGAAGCAGCACUUGGGAAACAGUCCCAAAUUGUUCAUCGAUUACAUCGGCAAUGUUUUACAAGCCUACGUUUCAAGACGUGAACAGGUGAAUAAAUUGAAGAAACGUAGGGGAGAACUUAUAGGGGAACUAUAUCACAGCCUGUCGUACACGUUGAUUGAGAUCAUGUUGAAACAACCUCAAUGGCAGGUGGGAAUGAGCUUGGCAUACCACAACUUGGAUUCAGAACUUCCCACACAGAGCACUAUCACUACAUGGCCGUUGACUACUGAUCUUAUUUCUCAAGCUGUUAUAAAACCAGGAAGGGCCGUUCAGAAAAACUCUACGGCCUUCCGUUUGCCUAAAGCUGAAGCUUUCUUAAGAACAAUGCCUUUACCUCAAGGCUGCGAAGAGCUUCUGGCUGAUUUAAGGGACACCCUUGGCCUGUCACCUCCUCCGGAGCAGGCUACUGAAGCUCCGCCACCUCCAACUGUCGCCCUAAUCGAGGCAGAAAUGGUGGCGCCCACGAAGCCAGUAAUGCAGAUACAAAUGGAUGAUUUAGUGGAAGACCCACCAAUGGAUAUGCCUCAAGUGACACCUCGUUGAAACUGAGAUUAUUCCGAUCUGGGUGGUACUCCAUGUUCUUGAUCAUUUUCUUAUGCGUUGUGCAAGGUGUGAUUGUGAAACCUCCACAUUCUUUUUUUCUUUUUCUUUUUCUUUUUCGAAGAGGUGGUGGGAAAUUGUGUCGAUAUGACGGUACAUGAAGUAUUAUAUGGUUCUGAUAUACACUUGGGUAGACACACCCCAAGUGAAGGAUGUCUCACCUUCUGCCAUAUCAUGUGACUUGUACAGACAAGCAUGUUGUAGAACAUGAUUCACACAUUGCGGCUUGCCUCGAAUUGAAAUCCCAUGACUUUGAAGAAACUGUGAUUGACGGGAAUGUAUAUUUCUUUGAAGUCCAAAGUGCAAUUGAUACGGUUGGAUUUUAGGAUUGGAUGUAGGCAAGGCUUAAGUUUGCAUGCCAGAUUUGGGCCCAUUUUUUUGUUUUUGUUUUGUUCAUCUCUCAA